AUUUAGUCCUCCAAGAAAAUCUCGCUUCAAUAUGUAUGUUUGUCGUGUAAACAUGAUGUACUUUGUUUUACGCACCAAAAAUUUCAUCCCAAUAAGUUUCAGACAGCAAUUGUUGUCAAAAUCAUGUUUUAAAAGGUCGUUGAGUAACAAUUUGCAUUAUGGUCAUGGUGAACAUGUUAAUGAUGUGAUCAGCUUUCAUCCUGUCGUCACAGAGGCCAUAAACUCGAUAGAAAAUGGAUUGACCAAGAAGAAUCCAUACGAAAGUCGUGAAGAUCUUCGAAGAGCUCAAAGAAUUGUGGUUAAACUUGGGAGUGCUGUUUUAACCAGAGAAGACCAGUCUGGCUUAGCUCUUGGACGGUUAGCCUCCAUUGUUGAACAAGUCUGUGAGCUUCGUGAUACAGGUAAAGAUGUUAUUAUAGUAACAAGCGGGUCAGUUGCCUUGGGUAAGCAAAAAAUAUCUACAGAAUUGAGAAUGUCUCGAUCAAUGCGACAAACACUUCGACAGAUGACUACUCAAUUAAGUAAUGAAGAUCAAACUUUACAAGUUCGUGCUGCUGCUGCUAUUGGACAGAGCAAUUUGAUGGCUUUGUAUGACACCAUGUUUACCCAGUAUGGCGUUAAAAUUGCUCAAGUAUUGGCUACCAAAAGUGACUUUCACAAUCCAGUAAGCCGUAUCAAUUUAGAUUAUACAAUAGACGACUUACUACAUCUUAACAUUGUACCAAUUGUUAACACAAAUGAUGUUAUUGUUUCACCAAUGCUGCCUGAUCAUCCAGAAAUUAUCCAAGAAUCCGAAACCACACAUAGAGAGCAACAGAUUUCGAUAAAUGACAAUGACAGUCUUGCUGCAUUACUUUCUGUUGAAAUUGGAGCUGAUCUACUCAUCCUUCUAUCUGAUGUUGAUGGAGUUUACACUGGUCCUCCAGGUCAAGAAGGGUCUAAAUUGAUCAACGUCUAUUCAACUCGAAGUGACAGCUCCAUUAAGUUUGGCAUCAAUAACAAAGUUGGAACUGGCGGGAUGAAAUCUAAAGUAGAUGCUGCUUCUUGGGCCUUGGAAAGAGGAGUUACUACCGUUAUUUGUAAUGGACACGAACCUGAUGCAAUUAAACGAAUUAUUGAUGGAUUUGCAAUAGGAACCUUUUUUACCAAUCAUCAAACGAAGACUUCAUCAGCUGAAGCAUUAGCUGCUAAAGCUCGAAUCGGUGGAUCUAAAUUGCAAUUUUUAAAGCCUGAAGAGCGAUCAGAUAUCUUAAGUACACUUGCUGAUCUUUUGGUUGAAAACGAGUCAAAGAUUUUGAAGGAGAACCAGAAGGACCUAAGAAAAGGCGAGCAAACAGGUCUAUCUAAGGUUUUAAUGUCCAGACUGAAAUUGGAUGAUAAAAAACUAAAGAGUUUAGCAGAUGGCUUGAAAUUUAUAGCUGAAAAUUCAAAAGGCAUGUUGAAUCGCGUCAUUAAGGAAACAGUUCUGGCUGAUGAGUUGAUACUCAAACAAAUUACAGUACCAAUAGGAAAUAUUUUGGUUAUAUUUGAAUCAAGGCCUGAUUGUCUCCCACAAAUCGCUGGUCUUUGUAUUGCCACUGGAAAUGGCCUGAUUUUAAAAGGAGGUAAAGAAGCUAGCCAUUCUAACCAAUAUCUUUGGGAACUUGUCCAACAAGCUCUUUCAAAGUAUGGUGUUGAAGAUGCUGUUGCAUUGGUUAAUUCCAGACAAGAAAUUAGUGAAUUAAUAACUUAUGAGGAUCAAAUUGACUUGAUUGUACCUCGUGGCUCUUACGAAUUGGUUCGUGAUAUCAGAGAAAAGGCUGGUAAAAUUCCGGUUCUAGGUCAUUCUGAAGGAAUAUGCCAUGUUUAUGUUGACAAAGAUGCUGAUUUAAAGAAAACCGUUGAUAUUGUAAUCAACUCUAAAUGUAACUAUCCUUCAGCUUGCAAUUCCAUGGAAACACUUCUACUUCACCAGUCUUUGGUCAACAUCGAUUUUUUCUCGCAACUCUGCAAUGAAUUGAAAUCCAAAGGAGUGACAGUUUAUUCUGGUCCAAAGUUAUUCAAUGCUUUAACAUUUUCCCCACCAUUAACAACAUCAUUAAAGAAGGAGUACGGAGGCUUAGAGUGUACGAUAGAACUGGUCGGUAAUGUUGAGGAGGCAAUCAACCACAUUAAUGCCUAUGGAAGUGGCCAUACAGACGUUAUUGUUACAGAAAAUGAUCAAGCCGCUAACUUAUUCCUCCAAAAAGUCGACAGUGCAUGUUGUUUCCAUAAUUGUAGCUCAAGAUUUGCUGAUGGAUAUCGCUUCGGUCUUGGAGCUGAGGUUGGUAUAAGCACAGAAAAAAUCCAUGCUCGAGGACCAGUAGGUAUGGAAGGCCUUUUAUCAACAAAAUGGAUUCUACAUGGAAAUGGACAAGUUGUUCAAUAGUUUUAUAAAACAGAAAUGGAUACUCUAUUGAAAUUGGUUUAAAUCUUGCACUUGUUAAAGCAUCAGCCUUUUUGAUUAUCACAAUGGACUGUUGAUAUUUCUGAGUUACAAGAUCAUCAUCAACAAUCUGUUAAUAGGCCAACGGAAACUUUAUGAAAGUUGAAGAGUGGAAAAUUUCAUUGACUAUUUUUGAUUCAAUAAUUGAUGGUGGUAGCGUUGGUGUUGUGAGGAUGCUUUUGGGAAUAUUAUUGGUUCAAGGUCCACAUUUUGCUGCAAUACAAAUAAACUCUUUGAAAUCGGAUAAUUGACUUCACUUAAUCGGUCGUAGCGCUUUCAGGUUCCAUGGAUUCCCUUUCUUGGAAAAACGGAAAAAGUUUCAAACAAAAAUAAACUGAUUUGGGAAACAUUAAAUAAUUGCGCUCUUAUCUCAACUUGGCUAGUAAAAUGUAGAAUGUGUAUUACGAUCAAAAAAAUUAUGAAAAUUCUGGUCUGAUUUGGCUAGAAAACAUCCAAAAAAUAUUUUGUACUUUUUACCAUUGAA